AUUUAUUUAUAUUAAUUAUAGGGAAAGAUGGCUACUGAAGAUGAAUUGUUAUUAGUCCAUUCGAAACAAUACGUUAAUAUGAUAAAGCAAACAUCUUUAUCAGAAACAACAAUUGUGGAUGAUAAAAUUUCCACAUUUAAUUCGGUUUAUAUAAACAGCAGUACCUGGUUUAGUGCUAGAGUUGCUACUGGAUCACUUCUACAAGUUGUAGAUAGUGUUCUCAGUAAUAAAUGUCAAAGUGGUACAGCUAUAAUUAGACCUCCUGGACAUCAUGCAGAAAAGGAUGCUGCUUGUGGAUUUUGCAUUUUUAAUAAUGUUGCUAUUGCUGCUAAAUAUGCCUUAAAGAAUUACAACGUUAAAAGAAUUCUUAUUGUCGACUGGGACGUUCAUCAUGGAAAUGGGACACAAUCAAUAUUUAAGGAUGAUUCAAAUGUGUUGUACAUAUCCAUCCAUCGAUAUGACAAUGGUGCAUUUUUUCCCAAUUCCGAAAAAGGAAACAGUGAUUUUGUGGGAGACGGAGUAGGAAAAGGAUUUAAUGUAAACAUACCAUGGAAUGAGAAAGGAAUGGGCGAUGCUGAAUAUAUUGCGGCAUUUCAACAAGUUGUAAUGCCAAUUGCCUAUCAAUACAAUCCUGAUUUAAUUUUGGUUUCUGCUGGAUUUGAUGCAUGUGUUGGUGAUCCUAUUGGAAAAUGUAAUGUUUCACCUGAAUUAUAUGGACAUUUAACUCAUUGGUUAUCAGCAUUAGCUAAUGGGCGUAUCAUAUUAAUUCUAGAAGGAGGUUACAACGUGAAUUCUAUUUCUUAUGCAAUGAGUAUUUGUAAUAAAGCACUCCUGGGUGAUCCUUUAAUUUCUAUGCCAUCUCUUCAGACUUUACGUUCUAGUGCUGUAACUUCCAUAAUGGACGUUUUAAAAAUACAAAGAAAAUAUUGGCCCAAUCUAAAAUAUCAAAUUUGUUUACCUGCAGAAAACAUUUUUUCAGAUUCAUCGUUUCAAGAAAAAUUAAUAUCAAGUUCUCAAAAUGAUCAAAAUGUUAAUUCAGAUAUAUUUAACGAAAAGAUUAUUGAGAAAAUAUGUCUAGAAAAUACCAAUUCGAAAGCCGACAAAAAAUCAAAUAUUAGUGGAGAAGUAGAAAGUGAAGAACAAAACAUGGCAUGUCAGAUUCAAACGUCAAACUUCCAGAAUGUUUUGUCUGAAAAUAUACAAAAUCUUAUGGAUGGUGACAUGUUUGCAAUCAUACCAAAAACAGAUUGUACUCAUUUAAGCGCAAUAAGUAAAGUGUCAGAAGAAGAUAUUGAUAUCUAUAAACCUUGUGGAGAAUGUAGCAGUCUUUCUGAAAAUUGGAUUUGUUUAAAAUGCUAUUCAAUUCAUUGUGCACGGAAUAUUAACAAACAUGCCUUAAUACAUGCACAAGAAACUCAUCAUCCUAUUGCAUUAAGUUUUAGUGAUUUGUCUGUUUGGUGCUAUUUAUGCGAAGCAUACAUUGAUAGUUCGGUUUUGUACGAAGUAAAAAAUCUUAUUCACAAAUGUAAAUUCAGCAUGGAGCUGCCUUCGAUAUCCGGAGAAUAAAUAAUUAUUAAUUAAAUUAGAUGGAAAUUUUACUGAGAACAGUUUUAACACACAAUUUUUUUAUUACAAUUAAAAAUCCAAUUAUUGUAAAAUGAUUAAUUGUUAUAGAAUAAAGUGCUUUUAACAAUUGGA